UGGGGAGAGACCAGAGCAUCCUCCCCAGGUGAGAGGUGUUGUGGAGGCCUCCUUUGCCUGCCUUGCCGGCCAACUGUUUUCCUCUCCCAUCUCACCCUCUGCUGGCUGAACUGGCCUAGUCCCAAGGAAGGUGAGCUGGGGGCACGGGUGGUCAGUUUUCACCCCAAGCAUUCCUGCCCUCCUGUCUCCGAGCAGCCCCCAGCAUGGGCAAAGAGAAGACCCACAUCAACAUCGUGGUCAUCGGCCACGUGGACUCGGGCAAGUCCACCACGACUGGGCAUCUCAUCUACAAAUGCGGGGGCAUCGACAAGAGGACCAUCGACAGGUUUGAGAAGGAGGCCUCCGAGAUGGGCAAAGGCUCCUUCAAGUACGCCUGGGUGCUGGACAAGCUGAAGGCAGAGCGGGAGCGUGGCAUCACCAUUGACAUCUCCCUGUGGAAGUUUGAGACCAAGAAAUACUACAUCACCAUCAUCGAUGCCCCGGGUCACCGUGACUUCAUCAAGAACAUGAUCACGGGCACCUCGCAGGCAGACUGCGCUGUGCUGAUUGUGGCAAGUGGUGUAGGCGAGUUUGAGACAGGCAUCUCCAAGAAUGGGCAGACUCGUGAGCAUGUCCUGCUGGCCUAUACGCUGGGCGUGAAGCAGCUCAUUGUGGCAGUCAACAAGAUGGACAUCACAGAGCCUCCUUACAGCAAUGCGCGCUUUGAGGAGAUCAGCAAGGAGGUGAAGGCCUAUAUCAAGAAGAUUGGUUACAACUCUGAGGCUGUCGCCUUCGUGCCCAUAUCAGGCUGGCAUGGAGACAAUAUGAUAGAACCCAGCACCAAGAUGCCCUGGUUCAAAGGCUGGAAGAUCACCAGGAAGGAAGGGACCAUGGCAGGCAUGACGCUGCUGGAAGCACUGGACUCCAUCGUGCCCCCUGCCCGCCCUAUGGACAAGCCCCUGCGGCUGCCCCUGCAGGAUGUGUACAAGAUUGGGGGUAUUGGCACUGUGCCUGUGGGCCGGGUGGAAACUGGCUUCCUCAAACCGGGUAUGGUGGUGACCUUUGCCCCCUGCAACAUCACCACGGAGGUCAAGUCUGUGGAGAUGCACCACGAGGCCCUGGCCGAGGCCCUGCCUGGUGAUAACGUGGGCUUCAACGUGAAGAACGUGUCCGUGAAGGACAUCAGGCGGGGCAACGUGGCGGGGGACAGCAAGAAUGACCCACCCUUAGAGGCGGGGAGCUUCAUCUCGCAGGUGAUCAUUCUCAACCAUCCCGGCAGCAUUGCAGCUGGCUACUCGCCAGUCCUGGACUGCCACACAGCCCACAUCGCCUGCAAGUUUGCAGAGCUGAGAGAGAAGAUCGACCGGCGCUCAGGCAAGAAGCUGGAAGACAGCCCCAAAGCCCUGAAGUCUGGGGACUCGGCCAUCGUCCAGAUGAUCCCGGGCAAGCCCAUGUGCGUGGAGAGCUUCUCCGAGUUCCCACCCCUUGGUCGCUUCGCUGUGCGUGACAUGAGGCAGACGGUGGCUGUCGGGGUCAUCAAGGCUGUGGAGAAAAAAGCAGCGUCUGGUGGCAGAGUCACCAAGUCAGCCGUGAAAGCGGCCAGGAAGUGAGUGGUGACAGCUCCUUCGGGCCCCUGCAGGCCACAGGCAGCCCACACGGAGCCACACCUGGGAAAGAGCGGGUCAAGGAGAAGCCUUGGACUUGCUCUUCUCUUGCCUGAACUGUCGUAAAUGUGCCCCUGCUCACGCAGGUUUCCCUUUGUGGAUGAGUUUGAGGUCUGGGAAUAAAGUACAGCACGUCUUUUUGCCUCUG